UUUAGCUGGACAAAGUUUCCGUGUGUUUUGAAGGCAGGCCAUUGCCAUGGCGGCGUUGCUACCGCACGCCUCGAGAACCAGAGCGCCCUACAAGAUGCGGCUGGCCUUGUCACCGGUUCGGGCAACGAUGCGCACUGCUAUUGCACGAUUGAGCCGUAUAUUGAUGCAAAAUUCGAUGUGCAUAUCCAGAAGAUUGGAAAUAAUUACAAGGCUUUUAUGCGCAAAUCGAUCUCGGGCCAUUGGAAAACUAAUCAAGGCUCAGCGAUGCUCGAACAAAUCACCUUAACCGAGAAAUAUAAGUCCUGGGUAGAUGAGAUCUCUGAACUUUUUGGCGGCAUGGAAGUAUGCGGCAUUUCAGUGGUAGUCGGCAAAGAUGGACGCGAGCAUAUAAUUAGCGCAUGCGAUUGUACAUUCGCCUUGAUUGGUGAUAGUCAAGAAGAGGAUCGCCGUCAGAUAGCCGAUUUAGUUUCGGCUAGAAUGCAGAACGUCUGCCGGCCUAGCAUGGCUCAAACGGGCCCUCCGAUGCAUGGCAUCCGACAGCCAUCACGAUCGUCGAUCUCCUCGCGCGGUGAGAGUCCCACCGAGGAUAUGGCCCCCACACCGCCGGCACCAGCCGGCCCACGACCUGCUCCGAUGGGCGGUCCACCCCCAAUACCGGAGCGCACUUCACCAGCAGUCGGUUCGAUUGGGCGCCUCAGCAGCCGCAGCAGCAUUUCUGAGGUACCUGAGGAGCCAGCUGCACCGGCACCGACCAGCGUACCCAGCAGCGUCGGCGGUGCAGUGCGUCGCGACUCGCAAACUUCACAGGCAUCGAGCAUGUCAUCAGCCUCAAGGGCCUCCUCACGUCCACCGCAAACUCAAAAUUCAGUCGUCGAGGAUGCAGAGGACACCAUGAAGAAUUUGCGUAAGACCUUUGCGGGGAUAUUUGGUGACAUGUAGGAAUUAGCGAAUAAGAAACGCGGAAGGACAGCAAGCGAGACGAGCAGUGGCGGCCCUCCCAGUGCUGGUGGCAGUGGAAUAAGCGGCAUAAGUACCGGUUCAUUCCUCGGCAAGCAAUUCUCGUUUGCUAGUGGCGGCGGCAGAUCGGCCAGCGGCAGCACAUCGAGUGUUACGUCGGAUAUCAUCUCGGCGCAGCCAACACCACAACCGCCACCGCCGGCAGAGAAACCCUACGAUGCGCGCUCCGACACUUCAUCGACCUCGACCCUGACGGCGGGUAGCAUGAGCGUCAGCGCCAGCUCAGCCGCAAGCUACAGCAGCAAGCCAUCUUCCAGCGUUUUGGACACAUUCCAAGAGGAGAACAAAUACAAGCCAGUCACCAAUUUCGAACCACAAGAACGUGUUAACCCAUUCGAUAAGGGCACUUUGAAAACUUCUGCAACCAAUCAGACCAUUGGUAGUGCCACUUCGACCACUUCAUCUUCAUCGAUUUCCUCAUCAUCGAUUUCAUCGCGCAUCAAUCGCAAUGGAAAUGUCGGCAUUAAGUCGCCUCCACCACCCACUGGACCGCCACCACCACCACCGACAGGCGUAGCCGGUGCAGUCAACUAUCGCAGCUCAACUUCGACCACACCACCAAGUGUUGGCAAAGACAAACGCACCUUCAACUAUGGCAGCUCAACAUCUAUUGAGACAAUUACACGCAUGGAUACCAACACCACAACCACCACUACAAUCGGACCAAGCAGUGAUGCUACUACUGCUGGUGGUCCAAUAGGCACAGAUGCAAUUGAUAAUGCCAUUGGUGGUGGCGCCACUGGUGGCGCUGAUGUCUCUUCCGCAGGCGAUGGCCUAGAUUGGAAAUCGAAAAUAGGCAUACGUUCAGCGAGCGUCUACAGCGCACCAGCAGCUGUGAGCUCCACCAUGCCUGCAGCUGGAGAUACCUCUGGCUAUGCAUCAAACUCGAGCCCUGCCUCGAAUGCUUACAACACCACAGCCGAUUUGCCAUCGUACACACGACCAUCGUAUUCGCGCUCCGAGAGCAAUGCUUCCAAUAAACAAUCUGAUUUGGACAUAAUCUUCGGCGAUUCUAAGCCCAGCUAUGGCAAUGGCAAAUAUACUCGCGCCGGCGGUUCAAUCUCCGAUGCCGAUUUCAUAUUUGGCGGACCACCGACCAACUAUAAGACCGAUCGCUUUGGCAGUUCGAAGAGCAUGAGCGUCACCUCGGAGCGGAGCAACGAUGGCAAUGGCAGCAAUAAUUCGUAUCGCGCCUACGAGGGUAUACAAAAUGCCGCAUUCAGCGAUUUUAGUGACUCACCGAAAACGGGCAGCAUCAGUAGCAUUAACUCGUAUGGCAAUACAAAUCGCUGGAGUAAGCCAACUGUCGAAGAGGAUGAUGAAUUGGAUUUGAAGUAGGCAAGGAUAAUGAAUGUUGACAAAACGAUGAAAGUUAGUUAGAUUUUUGUGUUUGCUUAAAUGCGUGUGUGCACAUGUACAUAUGCAUGUGAGUAUGUAUAACUGUGCAAUGAGGAAGAUUUUAUUGAGACAAAACUAUUUACUUGCCGAUGGCAGUAUUAAAUUUUUUGUAAAUAUUUCCAAACAUACAUACAUUUGCAAGCAAAUGCAUAUGUAAAUGCGCAUGUAAGUAAGUACAUUCAUACCUGUGCACACAUGCUUUUAAACACAGAUUCUCAUUGAAAAAAUACGCAAAAAUUUAAGUACAUAAUUAGAAAAAAAAAAUAUUGAAACUAAAUCACUACAUACACAAGCGCAUUCUUCGCCUCUGAAGUUUCCUGGUUUCAUAGUGGAAAACAAUUAUAAACGCAUUCCUAGCAAGCUAAACUACACAGCUUAUUUCUAUUGUCAACUUUUUAUUUACAUAAUUUUUUUUUAUUUAUUUUUUUAUUUAAUUUUUUUUUUGU